AGCGACUUAUCCAUUCCCAGCGCCAGAGACGAACGCAACCGCCAUGGCCGACGUGAUCGAGUUCGACGCGCCGUCGUACUACGACCUCAACGACACGGACUUUGAGAAGGCGUACAUCAACAACGCCGACGGCUACUUUGGCGACUGCGCCGACGACGCCGAGUUUGACUUCCUCGGCUCCAACCAAUCCAGCAGCGAGCUCGCCGACGUCGUGGCCGUCGCCGCAAGCAGCCACGCCGCGUCCGCCGUCUCGGACGACGACAACGACGACGCCGACGUGGUGAGCAACAACCACAGCAGCAGCCACGGUGGUUCGCAGCGCAACGCCAAGACGCUCGUGCCCCACUCGCGCAAGCCGCUCACCAAGCCGGCCUCGCCGCAACUGCAGACCGCGCGCAGGGCACAGACCAGCGGCGGCCACCGCAAGGUGUACACGCCGCCCGACACGGACGCGAUCGAGAUGGCCAAGCAGUUCCAUGCGCUGCCGAUGCCCAGCACGCAUGCACCGCCUACGAUCGCGCCGCGCUUGCUCGAGCGCAAGAAGCCAGCGGCGCCCCGCAUUCACCUGCCCAUGACGACCGAUCGAUUCGGCGCACGCGUGCCGCUGGUCUCGCCGGUCAAGCCGCAGGCCAAGCCGCGCCGGCCGCACGGGCUUUCGGAGGACUUGACGCCGCGCGCCGCCCGCGCCGUGAGCCAGAGCUCGCCGCGCCCCCAGGAGGUGGCGGGUCCGCGACCAAAGCUCGAAAAGUCCAAGUCGGUCGGGAACGUCAUGCUCGAGCCCGACCUCACUGUGCAGCGGUCCGAGGAGCGAGCAAGAAAGCGGCAGGAGCUCGAGCUGCGGCGCCGGCAGCUUUUAGCCGAGCGCGAGGCGCUCAAGCAAGCAGAAGAAGCAAAGCGUGCCGAGGACGCGGUCGCGCGCGAGCGUGAGCUCCGGCUGCAGCAGUCGUUCAAGGCCAAGCCCGUGCGGCGACCCAAGGAGCCGUUCCGGAUCGCGCCAUCGUCGCGCGAGCUCACGAUGCCCAAGUCCCCGAAAUGCCUGCGUCCCAAAGGCGCCUUGUACUAAAUCGUGUCCAGAUAACUAAAACACCAACCUACUAACUACACCGCCCGCCGCGCCUCGACUACAUACACUGCGUUUCGAUCAGAA